CGCGCACACUGAACACUGUCUGGUGAAUUUCUACUACUAUGGACAAACCGCUCAGGGUGCAUACAAGUGUUUGACCGUGACUGCAGAGAGACCGGGGAUGGAAAAUGUACUAUAAACGUUGUUUGGAAAGUCUAUACCGAUUGCUGUGAAUCUCUGAGUGAAGAUGGCCUUCUUUCAGAACAACUUCUGGGGGGAGAAGAAUGCCGGCUUUGACGUGCUGUAUCACAACAUGAAGCAUGGCCAGCUGGCAACCAAGGAGCUAGCCGAGUUUGUCCGUGAGAGUGCUGCUAUUGAAGAGACCUACUCCAAAUCAAUGAGCAAACUCGCCAAGAUGGCCAGCAACGGAAGUCCACAGGGGACCUUUGCUCCCAUGUGGGAUGUGUUCAGGGUGUCAUCAGACAAACUCGCUCUCUGCCACCUUGAAUUGAUGAGAAAGAUGAAUGAUCUCAUCCGGGACAUCAACAAGUACGGAGACGAGCAGGUCAAAAUUCACCGCAAGACAAAGGAGGAGAUGGCGGGGACAGUGGAGGCGGUGCAGGCACUGCAAGUUCAGAGCGGUCACCUUCAGAAGUCAAAGGAGGGUUACCACGCCAAGUGUUUGGAGCUGGACCGGCUCAGGAAGGAGGGAGGUCCACAGAAAGAACUGGAGAAAGCGGAGCUGAAGUCUAAGAAAGCAGCUGAGUCAUUUGCGUUGUGCAUCGAGAAGUACAACCGCGUCGGAGGAGAGUUUGAGCAGAAGAUGAGCGAGUCUGCCCAGAAGUUUCAGGAGAUCGAGGAAGCCCACCUGCGGCAAAUGAAACAGCUGAUCAAAGGUUACUCCCACUCUAUAGAAGACACCCAUGUUCAAGUGGGACAGGUUCACGAGGAAUUCAAGCAGAAUGUGGAAAACAUCGGCAUCGACAACCUCAUCCAGAAAUUUGCAGAGCUGAAGGGCACAGGCAAAGACAGACCAGCUCUGGUUGGUUUUGAUGAGUACAUGACAGCUUUCGCACCUGAAGGUGGGAAAAAGAGUCGAGUGAAAACCUUUAGGAUCCCCGGCCUGGGCAAGCGGGACAAGGAGCCAGACUCUACAGACUCCGCAGUGACGGACGCACUGGACUUUAGAUGCUGUCAGAAAGCCACCACACAGACUGACGUGGAAGAAGAGGGUGAACAGCAAGUACUGAAUUCACCCCUGGAAGUAGACGAUGAGGGAUUUGUCAUCCGAGCUGACAGCGCACAGAAUGGCUGCUCUGAGGAGAAGGAGAACAACUUUUACUCCAGUGACUCAGACUUUGACGACGAGGAGCCCAAGAAGUUCCACAUCCAGAUCAGACCGGUCGCCAGCAGCAAUCGCAGUAACUCUGCUGCCACAGAGAAAGAGCUGAAAGCCACCGUGGGGGCGCUCACUCUGCCGCCUAACAGAGGGGAAAGGCAAAAGGUGUCUGUCAAGCGCCAUCUCUCCAGAAACUCAAGUACUGCAGGAGGUCGCUCAGAAGAGGGCGAGAGUUUCUCCACCAGGGAUGGAGAGCAGGAGGGCCUACGCAGGUCCACCUCCAGUCCUGAUCAUAGCAGGUUGAGUUCAACAGCGUCAGGCUCAGACAGUCUCUUUGGACCACCGCUGGAAUCUGCCUUCAAGUCCAAAAGCUUUGAUAGUCGGGAACAGCUUGUAGAGCACAGCGCUUUUGGUGCCUCUGAAUAUGCUGCCUUCUCGUCCGACUCCUCCUCUCCGGAGAACGUCGAAGACUCUGGCCUGGACUCGCCUUCCCAUCAGACCCUUGGGCCCUCCCCAGAGCCGGUGGGUUGGGCAGCUUGGCCUCCUGUGUCACAGAGUAAAGAACAGACACAAACACUGGGGCGACCUGCAGACCCUUUCCUCACUGCUUUCCGUGACCCCUCCCCUGGUCGGAGUCCUCACCCACAGGACGACCCCGCCAGUAUAUGGUCCGUCGCCCCGUCACGUUCCUCUCGUGUCCCCCAAGAUAUGGACCCCACAUCCAUGCGGUUCCCUGCUUUCUCCCAAUCCCUCCCCCCACCUGAGAUGGAGUCAUCUGUGUGGAACUGCAAACACAUCCCCCCAGAGGACCCCUUCCUCGCUGCGUUUGAGAGGACUGUCACCCAGGACAAUUUAAAUCUGUCUGACGCCUGGGCGCGCCCACCGCCUCGCCCGACCCAGGAGGUCAGGGGAAUGGAGGUGCGUGGAGACCCAUUCUCCAUGACCCUCGCUGACACUAAGACACUUCCAACCUCAUCCUCCUCCUCCUCUUCAUCCUGCUCUAAUCGUAAAGACAGAGACAGGAAACGAGAUAGGAGCCUUCCGCCUCCUGUUUCUUCUGAUGACCCGUUUGCGAUCACGAUGAUUGGCAGCCCAACGCACCAGUCGUCACUGGCUGCAGCAGCUGGGUUAAUCCCUCCACAAAGCGGCAGCGGCGGUGGUGUCUCUACCAUUAGCAAUAGACUGGGACUCGAUGCUAAUUCAAGCUCUUUGCCCACCGCCCAGCCCAAGAAGGAGCUGAUGCACUGGAACUCUGUCCACAACCCGUUUAGUGACGGUGCCUCUGGAACGCUGGGUAGAUCCAAAACACAGGAAGGAGGAGGAAAAGGAGAUGGAGCAGGAGAGAGGAGAAAACAUCGAUCAUCAGAAAGUGAGCCACGCAGGAAUGCCCCUCCACUCACGAGGCAUUCAGGACCACAGGAGGAUCUGUGUUUUUCCACAGACAAAGAUCAAGACUGCCUGGAUCUGAACACUCAGAUAACAUGCGGCUCUCACAAGGGUUCCAAGCCUAACUUCAGACAGGACACAACUGAAGCAGUUGCAGCUGCUCCCCCGAGAGCAGCCCGGGCCAAGAGGACUUCAGGCCGACUCAGCGGCUGUGAGAGGUCCCGGUCUCUGUGCUCCUCCCCACUGCCAGAGCCCAGUCCCUCCCUCACCUCCUCCUCCUCCUCCAGCCCCAGUGAGUGGGGGCCUCAGGUCAGAGAGAACGACUGGGGGGGUCAGAACCGAGCACCCAGUCCUGCCAGGGUAGGACAAGCUUCACCGUUGCCCUACCAGGACCACCAACAAAGGCCUUUGCACCUGUCGCGAGGUCCCAGUCCCAUUUCCCUCAGCACACAGGAGGCCUGGCCGGUGGCCGCAGCCAUAACAGAAUAUAUAAAUGCCUAUUUCAAAGGUGGACAGCACAACCGCUGCCUGGUGAAGAUCACGGGCGACCUGACGAUGUCCUUCCCUGCGGGCAUCACCCGGAUUUUCACAGCCAACCCCAACGUUCCUGUGCUCAGCUUUAGACUUGUCAACAUCUCAAGGAUCGAUCACUUCCUGCCAAAUCAAAAGCUGCUCUACAGUGAUCCCUCUCAGAGUGAUCCAGACACCAGAGACUUCUGGUUCAACAUGCAGGCACUGCAGCUCUACCUGCAGAGAGAAGCUGAACUAAACCCUCAGGCCUCGUACUACAACGUUGGCCUUCUCAAGUAUCAGGUGUCGUCUCAGGACCCUGGUCGGGCUCCCCUCCUGCUGUCUGCAGAGUGUCAGCGUAGCGGCACAGUGACCCGGGUGUCCCUGGAUUACCACUGUUGCCCCGCCACCGCGCCCUCUACCCAGCUCACCGCUGUCCAGGUGCUGCUGCCGUUAGACCACACUGCCACAGACCUGCAGUGCCAACCACCCGCCUCCUGGAACGCUGAGGAAAGACGGCUGCUGUGGAAACUCCCCAACAUCUCCCCGACCAACCACAGCAAAG